CUGUCAGUGCGUCAUUGACAAUUACUAAUAUUAUGAUAAUCGUAGUGGCUCCAUUUUGGACGGUGGUCGGUGUGUUGUGACUCGGUGUGUUGUCGUAUGGUAGAAGAUUACAAAGUCCUUAUCUACAAUCAACGUCCGGCCUGAAUAUUCUCUUGGUGAAAGUGUGGUCUCUCAGUCGACUUUGGCGAGCCAUGUCGCCGUUCCUAGCAGCGUGUGUGUGUGCCAUAUUUGUCACUUCGGCUGCUUAUCCCUACUACCGCGACUUGCCCGAGGAACUAAUUGACGAAUACUUGGCCUACAGAGACGCACCUCAAGCCCAGCUGCAGUCCCAGGGCCCGGUGGUCAACCCCAAAUGGCCCUCUUCCUCUAUCAAGCUGGGUCAGGUGACGGGGGUGGAGGCAGGCCCCGGGGGUGAUGUCUACCUGUUCCACAGAGGCAGCAGGCGCUGGACCGUGGAGUCUUUCCUGCCCAACAACACCUACGCUCAGAAGGACCAGGGCCCCAUCCCCGAGGACACCAUCGUCAUCGUGAACGGCAGGACCGGCAAGCAGGUGGCAGCCCGGGGGGCCAACACGUUCUACAUGCCACACGGUCUGACACUUGAUAACCAUGGCAACCUGUGGGUGACUGACGUCGCGCUUCACCAGGUGAUGAGAUUCCCAAAGGGUGCCAAGGAACCGGAUAUGGUACUCGGGGUUAAGUUCGAACCCGGAAGUGACAACGAACACUUCUGUAAGCCGACAGAUGUCGCUGUGGCCAGUAAUGGAGACUUCUUCGUCUCAGACGGUUACUGCAACAGCAGAAUCAUGAAAUAUUCCAAGGAAGGGAAACUUCUGAAGACAUGGGGCGAGAAAGCGAGCGGCAGUUUGACGGACAUGGCCCUGCAGGUCCCCCAUAGCCUGGCCCUGGUGGAGAAGGAGGACUUGAUCUGUGUGGCCGACAGAGAGGAUGCCAGAGUACAGUGUUUUAACGCCGGUCUGAAAGACGCCACCAAGACUGGACAGUUUAUCAAGACGCUGUUCCCUCAAAACGCCAUCGGCAACGUCUACGCCAUCACAUACGACCCUACAGGUGAUGUCAUCUACGCCGUGGUGCACCCGGAGACGAACGCGGACCACGCCCGGGGGUACACCAUCUCCCUGGACGGCCGGGGACUUGAGGAGUGGUGGAUCGACAACACGCACCGGAGCUUGCCUCAUGACGUCUCCGUUUCCCAUGACGGUAGCGACAUCUACGUGGGUGACAUCUCAAGAGACACGGCAGUCAAACUGGAGCGGUCGCAGCCAGUCGCGCCCCAGAAGUAUAUGGGAUAAAUGGUGGUAUUUGAGGGGUGGGGUGGGGUGGGAUGUGGUUGGGGGCAGGAGACUUGAAGAAAAAAGACCGGUGUGUAGAAACAAUAUGAGAACCAAUGGUAGAUGAAGCGAGGGUGGUAAACAAUGGGUGUUGCAGAGGGGAGGGAUGGUGGUGGUAGGUGAAUGGGAGGGGGAUGGAGAAAGGUGUAGGGGUUGAAAUAUCUAAGAUGACAAACUAUGGAAGCUGUUCAACGUCAGUGGCGUUCUAUUGUUAUGAUUAUAAUAUUCACACUGUACAAAAGAAGGAGAAAUCUGAUUUAAGAAGGGAUAUGCUUCUACAGUUUGUCAAAUUGAAGGUCGAUCUUCAAAAAAUUAUUUUUGUUGUUAUAUUGAUAUUUUACCUAAACAGUCUGUGAUUCUAGGCGUAGAUAUGCACAAAUAGCCGAAGUGUUAACCCCGACAGUGUGUGUCCUGUCGUUUGUAAACAAUAUCGACUCUCCUCAUAACGCAUCAGCUUGUCAACAGUACUCUGGCUGUAACACAAUGUCAAGGUAACAAGCUUGUGUGUGGACAAACAACUAACAUGACCUAUUGAAAUUUUAAAGGAAGAUUUGAAUGAUCUUGCAUUACGUUCCAUUGCAGAAUUACCAGUUUGUAAUAAAUUACACUGCUUUGGUUUACCACUAAAACGACACACCACACAAGCACUAUGUCAACUUGUCGUUAUGUAUGUCCUGUUGUAGUCACCGUAGAGACAAUUAUAAACUGAUCGCUGAUGCUGCCACUGAACUACGUGUAUUUGUCUUGACGUGUAGCUUGUGUUAUGGUAUAUAUAUAUCAUGUGAUAUUCGUUUCUAUUCUCAAAUGCGUCACAAAAUGCACGUUAAUCGUUGCAAUAAUGAAACACUGGCCCACAUUACCACUGUACAAUAUGGUACACCGGCUUAAAAGCAAGUGUAUUCUUGCCCAUUUCUUACUGUGUCACAAACUCCCCCAAACUUAUAUUUUUCCACACCCCGAUUUUCAAACAUGAAAACUACAUAGUGCCGGUAUGGACACCCACUCCACUCAGCAACUUACAAAUGACACACCUCUUUUCUUCUUAAUAUUGUAUCACACGCAGAAAACAAUGUACCCUCUUAGCAAUAUUCUUCCACCACCCAUCCCAAUUCAAGCGUUCUCACAAAAUGCAUACCUUGAUUUCAAACACUCGAAAUUCUAUUUUUCACAAUAUCGUUUUUCUUUUUCCAACACUUAAGUUACACACGUGAUACACUUUUCAAAACUCCAAGUCACCUCAGCCAAAAUCAAAAUUUAACAUAGCUCAACAUACGUUUAUACACUACCUGUAUACAUAACAAACUUAACAGUAUGGUACACAAGUAGUUUAUAACUGCUGAUAACCACCUCAUGUGAUACAAUGUAUCUAUAUUAUACAUUCGAACAGGACUAUUCAGAAUAUACUAUUCACAAUUUCACCAAUGGCUGCCAGAUAUGCACGCUUCUAGGUGUUCUGUAUAUAUAUGUUGAAGUACUUCUGUUCAAAUAUUCUCAUGUAGAUAGUCGCUGUCUUGUAAAAGUGACACGAGCAUUUUCUAUAAUGGACCUUUGCUUGUGUCACAUCUGUUGAAAAUAGAACCUGAUUAAGUUGCGCUCUCAGGGAUAGUACAACAAAGACAUUUGAAAUUAAGUAACAAUUUGACAGUGCAAAGCCUAUGAAUUGAAACAUUUUAACAACUCUCAUUGAACCUUCAGAUAUCUAUCUCGUAUAUUUUUGUCGUUAAAUAAAUAUAUGAAAUAAAGACAAAUUAAAGUUU